UUAUAAAAUGAUAGCACGAGUACAGAAAUGCGUAUGAGACAUUACUGAUUUCGAUAUGUAUUUCUAAAUUACAUUGUUACAUUAACGGACCGGUAGAUAAUUUUUUUUUUCCACGCUCGUCGUACAUGCCCAAUUAUUUUCUGGAUAUCUAUGUAAGUAAAUUAAAGGAAUUCGGCGCAUGCAUAACCUUACGCCGAGUCUCGAAUUUAUAUAUAAAUAUAAAUGUUGAUCGAAUAUUCCCUCAAUAAUUUGCAAGAAGUAUGAAGGAACUGGAAGAAGUCAAUUGCGAGAUUGUGAAAGUCAGUGAUCUUCGACAAUUAAUAACGGAUAGAUUGAAAAAUUCAGAAGAUGACUAUGGAUCAUUCGUACGCGUACAAGAUUAUGAUACGUCUAACGAUUCUCUGGGAGGAUUCUUACAUGGAACAACAUACGCAUGGAUGAGUCAUGGUUGCCACUUAAUAGUUUUUAAUGUUAGAUUUGGAGAAAACAUUAAUUGUUGCUGGACCUUUACCGAAAGAAUAACGUGCGUAUCUGAAUUUCCUACACAACCGGGAAAUUUACCAUUGCUUUUGGUUGGCUUAGACAAUGGCGCGAGCAGGAUAAAAGAUUCUAUGGGAUUGUUAUGCGUAUUCGAUUGCAAUACUUCCCGUGUUUUGAGAGCUAUACGAACACCAGCAGGAAUUGAACAAAUUUGUAUUAUAUCGGGUGGUGCAGAAUGGGAAGAAAUUAACGAUAAGAGAGUGGAUAGUAUUUUUUGUGAUAUGGAUGGCAUAGCCUGUGUAGUUUUACGCAAUCUUCAACACGUAAUGAUAGAUUUACAAAGAUCUUCCUGGGAUGACCCAAACUCUAUCGCUUACAUGGAUGAAAGUUCGCCGGCCGAAUUAGAUUUUUCGGUUAGAAAAAAUUCUAGUAGCAAUAAGAAUCACUUCGUUAAAGAAAGGCAUAUCGCAUAUAAUUUAUUAAAUAACAGUAUUGAAAAAUAUAUUGACUUUAACAGAAUAGAAUUUGAAUCGUCUCCUUUGAUGCCAGGAAACCUGACAUCUAUGAUUAUCUGUUCCACAAAGAUUGGAUGUUUAAUAUCCGGAUGUUUGGGAAGAGUAAUAAUCUGGCAAAAUAAUGGCUCCAUAGGAUGGAUAAGUCGACCGCUCGAAGAGAACAUGAGUAUAACACAUUUGUCGUUGUUGGAGCCUACGGACGAUCCUCGACCAUUUUGUUACUUGUGGGUUGUAUAUCAAGACGAAUCCUCGAAAAUACCGCCAAUUCUUCGAAUGUAUGCUCUUCUUUUCGAACGGAAAUAUUACGAAAAAGGUACAAACUUGUAUUUCAACUUGGAAGCAGAGCCUUGUCUUAGGUUUGAAUUUGAAUUAGAGAAAGAAGACAAAGUCGUUAGUUUAUCGCCUAUAGAAAGAGAAGUUAAUCCAGAUCAAACGGAGGCAAAUAUCAAACGUGGCGAAGACAAUUUAUUGCUUAUCGCGUCGAACGAAAGGAUACUGUUGUUUGAUCUUAAUCAGUGGUACAAAGAACAAAUGCCUCAGACCAUUUAUGAUUGUAAAAAUCCAAACAGUAUUUUGGCGACAUAUUCUACAAGAUUCGAGGCCCAAUCUGCAGGAGAUAAGCUUCUUAGCACUAGCUACAUUCCUUCCACGUUGAAAGAGUUUCCGAUCAAUAAUCCAUGUCCAGCAGAGGAAUUAUUUUAUCCGAAUUCGUUGUCAUUUGAAUGGGCAGAAUUGAGCACGGUGAGAUUAAUGUCUUGGUUGACUCGCGGUAUUCAGGCAGAACUUUUACGUAAAAUGGCGAUAACAGGACCGAUCAUAUUGUUGCAACCCAAGGAAAUAUUUCACAAGUGUCUUUCUGUCGGAUUGGUACCAUUCAAUGCUGAACUUUCCUUUAGCAACGACGAGAAUACACAAAGAGAAACAUUACUUUCUCUGUGCUUAGAACAACGUUGGACAUCGUUUUUGAUCAAAUGCGCAAGAGAAUGGUCCGACGGUAGUGCCACGUUUCUUUAUCCGUCAUUUCUAAAGUGGGGCGUUCAACGUGCCUCCUCCAUAAAAAUGAUAGCCGAUCGUCUUUGCGUUCCAUUGUUCGAUCAAUCGGACAGUAGUAUCGGCGAAGCAGAGAUCAAAACGUUACGAUUCUGUUCCCAACAGUUAGAAUGUUUAUCGAACGUCGUUGGAAAAUUGAUACUUGAAACGGAUGACAUGAUAAAGCAACGAAAAGCAUUGAAACGCGUAUCCAUUUAUCUUCAAGUAUUACUUUGGUUUUAUGAUGUCGGUUUACUACCAGAAAUACAAGAGUUAGACGAAGAAAGACAAUUACCACUUUCGUUAUCAUUUCGAAUUCCUUAUCCUUACGAAAAGUUGAUGUCGGUCUAUAGUCAAAAGAGAGAUGCGAUAAAAAGUAAUAAAAGUUAUUUACAGGAGGACGAAGGAUUGUUCAUCGACGUGUUGAUAAAUAAGGAAUGUCCUGUUUUAAAGUCGCAAUGGGAAAGAGAGGGUGGAGAUGUGAAUAUCAGUGGUUAUUAUCCUCCCCCGUCGUUGCAAUCGUUACUAAGAAGUUAUCUAACCGAUUGCUAUCAAUCGGAAAUAAAUGAAACCGAAUGUAAACAUCAAAUUACGAUAUAUCUCUUAAUGGAUUUGGCUAUGCUUUUGCAUGGAUCUUAUCCAGGAGUAGACCAAUUGAUAAAGUAUCCUUCUGCUUUUAAAAUGAGUCCAAGUUUGAUCAAACUCACCCAAGCAUUUUGGUUACUCGAUCAUGAAGAUUAUAAAGGAUUUUUGGAUAUGAUGACUGGACAGUUGGUUUCCGACUCUGACGUUAAAACUUGGCACCACAAGCUUGUACUGAGAACUCUAGUAAGGAAUAAUCAACAAAAAUUAGCUCUGAUAUAUCUGAGAAUCAGAAAACCACCGAUAUCGUCUACCGACGAUCAAAGUGCUAUAGUAAAUCUAUCCGUGCAACACGGUCUGGUUCAAUCAGCCUUUCAUUGUAGACCACCCUCGCACUACGCACAACUAUUGACGUGCUUUUUCGAAGCCUGCAAAUCGUACAAUAAACUUGGCGAUAUUUUACAUCUCGCAUUGGAACCAGAGGAAGAAGAAAUUUUUGUCAAAUUUUUACAAGAGGAUAAUAGAUCCGAGGACAUGAAAACGCUUUAUUACUUGCAACGUUGUCGUUACGCGGAACUCAAUAAUAAAAAUCUUUUAAGUCAAUUUAAAAACAAUGUACCAAAAAAUAUGCUUCAUACUUCUGCUGCUAUGCUUACGGCGUACGACGCAACCUUGCCUGCGAUAACAAAGCAAUUUUCUAGCGGUAUGACUAAGACGACUUUGGAAACGGAUUUGGAAUCUAAAUAUCCGAGACCUAUGUCUCAUUACAAGUGUGUUAAUAAACAGCAAAGCAUUUAUGAAACGGUCAUUAAAAAGGCCAAAGAAACUUCCUUUCAAAGUGGAAAAUGCCGAAUACCAUUUAUCACAGCCCCGUGCGCAUCGUUGAAAGCCAACGAGAGUAAUAUAAAUAUAAGCUGCGUUUUAUUUCCAACAUUAGCGUAUAAAAAUCGUAAGAAACGUACUUUGGACGAGAUAUAUGAGAACGAGGACAAUGAAACUUUAGAAGAAACGAAACGUAGAAAAUUAUCGAUUAACUCGAACGCGAAAGAUACUUCUUCGUGCCAUAACGAUUUAAAUCUUACUUUUGAUACGCCAUUGGUCAAACGAAAAAGUAAUGUUUCUAACAACAAAAGUACUUGUAUGGAGACACCACAUUCGAUCUUAAAAAUACGCCAAUUAAUUCAGAAUUCGGCGUCUCCGAACAUUUCGAUCGCUACGCAUAUGAUUGAUACAGAUACGCCUGAAGCGUCUUUGGAUAAACAUAAGAAAAUUAAUAGACAAAUACGAUUCAGUAUAAAUAAUCCUAAACAGAAUAUCAAUUGUGAUACCGUAAACGAAGAAGAAACGGAGGAGUACGUUCCUAAAGAAAUAUCAAUAGCGAAAUCUACGUCGGAAGACGAUACUGACGUAUUCCUAAGUCCAAAUACCAGUAUUAAGUCUAAUAACGAAACUACUAAAAUUUUAUCAGAUGAUAGCCUUAGCGACAAAAGCACUUGCUAUCCUCGUCCAAGACCGAGUCUUAGAAGAAGUUAUUUACCUGGAAGGAACACUACAAAUUCGUCCAUUACAAAUUUGUCCUCUACUUCUUCGAAGUUAUUGAACGCUUCGAAAGAUACUUAUGCCGUAGAGACAAACAAACUAUCGCCAUCCUCGUCCAGAUUACAUAAUUCAUUAUCUGCCACUAUGUAUUCCACUAUGAUUCUUUCUCCCAGUAGCAGUUUUGAAAAAAGUACGUCGUUCAAGAAAAGCGAAGAAAUCGAUUUAUUGGAUCAAUCAACUUCGUCUGCCAUAUCGUGUAAUUAUAAAAAUACCGUUUCGUCGACUCCACUGGUAAAAAGUAAAGUUGUUAAACUCUUAGAUGAUAAUAACGAAGAAUCGAAGACGUUUGUACGUGGAAAAGAGAAGCCUAUCGCGUCGUUCAAAAGAAACGAACGAACAAAAAUAUCCAACGAUAACGAUACUACAACGGAAAAGGAUAACGAUUUGAAAGAAUUUAACGAGGACAAAUGUAACGAAGAUAACCAACAUGAAUUUAGAAGUUUAUUUAAUUCUUUUGAGGAGGAACUUGAUACUGCUGAUUCAAAAAUUACGAAAGAGUGUAUUGGAAAUAACAAUAAAUCUAGAAAUGGCCUUCAAAGGUCAUCAAGAGUGAUAAGUGAUUUUGAUAUCACCGAUGACGAGUCAUCGAACGAUUGUAACAAAAUAACAUUGAUAUAUGAAUCAUCAAGGUCAGACGAUGAUAAAAAAGUUGAUGUAGAUUUGGGAACAGAUCGUCGUACUAACACCAUAUCUCAACCUAUACUCCAUUUCUCAGAUGUUUCGAACAUCACCGAAGAUGGAUCAAAUAAUAGUAACGAUGUCAAAGUAUAUAACGAUAAAAAGGUAACUAGUGACAAUGUUACUGUAAGUAUCGAUAAGAGAAAUUCGAAACAAGUAAGACAAAUCAAUGAACUAAAAAACGUCGAAGAUUCUAGCAAUGAUUCGAUUACAAAUGAAUUAUCAUCGCAACAAACAAUAGCAUCUCGAGAUGUAUCCGAGGAUAAAGUACAGGUUACCACUUGUACGAUUAAGUUGAAUCGAGUUUCUAUGGAAUGCAAAGAUACUUUCACGUAUGAAGAAAAUAUUUCUUCAAGGGUUACGAGCGAGAGGACAACCAGAUCCAAAAGAAUCAAUUCUUCCAAAUUGAAGAAACAAACUGUUCCUGUAAAAGAUACAAGCGAAGACACAAGUCAGGAACUUUUUGAUGAUUCAGAGGAUGCAACGACCACGUCCGUGAUUCGAAAAACUCGAAGUUCGUCUCUCGCUAAAGAUAUUUUCUCGACUACUACGGAUAACAAAGAAUCUGAAAAUGUAAAGGAUAAAGAAUUGACUAGGAGAGUUACACGUCGAGCAGCUUCCGUUCAGAAAGAAAUAACGUAUGUUCCAACACCUACAUUAAAGAGAACAAGAUCGGCAUCGAUUUCUAAUUCAGCUGAUGAUACAAGUGAAAAUUCAAAUCGUAAUAAAGCAAAAUUAACAGGAAGAAAAGUAUCUAAGGUAACAAAGGAUGAGGAAGAGGAAGAGGUGAGAGAGAAAAAACCGGUAAGAGGUAGAUUGACCAGAAGUUCGUCCACGUCGUUGGUAGCACAAUUUGAUAAAAAAGAAGAAGAAGAAGUAACGGAUGUUGUUCAACCAACGCGAAGACGUGGUAACUCGGUGCCUAAAGAAUCGACAUUAAAAAUUAUUCAAAAGGGGAAAUCUAGUAAUGUGAUAUCUGAUAUUCCAGAAGUAUCGUCAACUCCUAAAAAGAGAAGAAAUUCAAUAUCGUCUAAAAUUAUCGAAGAGAUUACAGAUAGUCCGGCAGCAAACACACGUAGUCGACGUUCAUCGAUUCAAUCUAUACCAGAAGAAUUGGAAAUUAGUUUAAAUUCGUUGCACGAGUUUAGUGAAACGAAGGAACCAGUGACGAAUAUUAGAACAAGAAGAGCUACGAGCGUUGAUUCUUCGUCGUUAGAUGUAAAAAAGAGAACUCGUGGUAUACGUAAAAGAAAUAUCAUGGAAGAUGCCAUUAUAGAGGAAUCAACAGAAACAGAAAGUCAAAUGAAUUUAAGAGUUACGAAAAAUACUAGGGUACAAUCUUCGAAAAGAAAAAGAACAUCAUCCUGCAGUGAAAAUAAAACAUAAAAAUAAUAAAAACAGGAAAAUUUAAAAAAAAUAAAAAUAAUUGGGAAACAAAAAUGAAUUGUUGAUAAUAAGAAAAAGAACAGUUUUUAUUCUCACAAAUAAAUAAAACGCUGGAUCCAACAGUAAUAUAA